AUGAUGGCAGAAAUGGAGUUAAUGAAAAGCGAGUUUAGUCGUCGGUACAAUUCAAUGAUCCAAGACUAUGAGGAAAUGGGGGCUGUAGUACGGCAUUUGAACAAAGAGCUAAGAAAGAAAGACGAAGAGUUAUCGAUACUGCGGAUCCGAUAUCAAGAUGCCAUGGCAGAAAACGAUCUGUUGUACGAGGCAUUCAACAAUGAGCUAGACCAAAUGUACGACCUCUAUGAACAACGAGCAACCAGACCAUCCGUAAACCAGCGUCUUGAGCAUGAAGAUGAUGGCAUUGGCGGACCAAGACGUCCUUCGCACCCGAGCCCAGAAGCUCAAAUUCGCAAGAAGCUCGAACUGACCAUCAAGGAGCGUAAUCAGUGGCACCAAACCGCAUGUAAACUUGCCCGCGAGUUACAGACUUUGAGCCAGGGACACGGCAACACGACUACUUUUAUGCCAAGUAGUAGUACAGCAGGCGUUCGACCAGCAAACUCCAGAUCAACACCUACUCCUCCUUUUAGACAUUCCAUGCAGUAG